CCCCACCACCGCCAGGUCCCCAGCUCACUCGCAUCCCAUCCCAUCACAUCCGUGUUCACGCUCCCGAGCUCAACUCAGCUCUGCUCACUUCGAGCAAAAGACAAGAACCGGUCGUUUCGCCCGCCCAUCGCUCCGGCCAUCGUUGUUUCUGAGGGGAGAGGAGAAGCAAGCGGCGGAGCGGAAGGGAAGGGAUGAUGGGACGGAUGCGGGUGGCGGCGGCGGCGGCGCUGCUGGUGGUGGCGGCGUGCGCGGCGCUGCCGUCGAGGACGGCGGCGAACAAGAUCAGCAUCAACUGGAAGCCCAACACCAACUACUCCGACUGGGUGACGCAGCACAGCCCCUUCUACAAGGACGACUGGCUCGUGUUCUACUACACGGCGGGGCAGGCGGACGUGGUGCAGGUGGACGAGACGGGGUACAACAAGUGCGACUCCAGCAACGCCAUCUACAACUACAGCAAGGGCCGCAACUUCGCGUUCCAGCUCAACGAGACCAAGACCUACUACUUCAUCUGCAGCUACGGCUACUGCUUCGGCGGGAUGCGCCUCGCCAUCAAGGCGGAGAAGCUGCCGCCGCCGUCCCCGCCGCCGUCCGCCAGCCACAGGUCCGCCGCCGCCGCAUUCGCCAGGUCCCACGCCGUGGUCCUCUACGCAGCCGUCGCCGUGCUCGCCGCGCUCCUCAGGAUGGUCUAGUGUAUGGAAACUCUGGAUGGGCCAGCCCCUUCGUUCGAGUUCUUUCCUUCAAUUUGAAGAUCUUUUUCCUUUUCUUUUCUUUUCAUCUGGUCUUUUCUUUUUCGUAGUGUGCUUUGGCUCUGAAGUGGAGGUGGAGUCGUAGUAGUAUGCGGUAGUGCCGAGUGUGUUGGGGUUCAUUAGUUUCGUGUGAUUUUCGGAAGCGAUGUAUUGACCUGAGAUUAAUUUGUCAAGUGUGAAGAAUUCUAGCUGAAGUAACUUCAGCUUUGGAAACGUA